ACCUUCAACUUAACCGGAAGUUAAUGAAAAUUGGGGCAGCGGAUUGGGAUGCAGAAAUUUGCUGUUAGCAAAGAAACCAUGAACGAAAACCUUUUAAAAUGUUGUUGAAGAAGAAUGAGCUGUCCCUUUGAAGAUGGCAGUGAACAAGAUGUUUAUCUCAGCUCUGAAAAGAAAUGAUAUAGACCGAGCUAUUUCUCUUAUGAUUUGUCCAGGAUACGAUGUCAACUCAAUAGCAUACAAAGACUGUACACCACUUAUACUGUCUACAAAGCUAGGAUUAGUUAAGGUGGUGCAGCAGUUGUUGUCCCUUGGCGCUGAUACAAACUGGCAAGAUAAGAAUGGUAGAUCUGCUCUAACUCAUGCUUGUAUAUCAGGCAAUACAGAGAUAAUCAGAGAACUUUUCAAGGCUGGCUGUAAUCUAAAUAGGCCCACAGUUUUUGGGGACAGACCAAUACAUGAAGCUGUAGUAUAUGGUAGACUAGAGGCUGUAGAAGUGCUACUGAAGGCAGGAGUGGAUAUCAAUUCUAAAAAUAGUAUCACAAAACAGACUGCAUUACAGUUAGCUGUUCUAUCAGAACAAAAAGAAGUUGUUGAUCUAUUGAUUAGAAAGAAUGUAGCCAUAGACAUCCCAACAAAUGAAGGGGAAACAGCUUUACACUAUGCAGUUCAAGUCAAUGACUUUAGGAUAGUUAAAAGUUUAAUAGCAGCUGGAGCAAGCAUUCAUAAAAAGAACCAAAUUGGUGAAACACCUUAUCUUCUAGCUGUUCAGGAAGGGAAAAUUGACCAUGUGAAAACUUUAAUUUUAGCUGGUUGCAAAAUGUAUUCUUCCUCCUAUCUUUCACCACUUAGUCUGGCAUGUACAAACUAUAAUCCCACUAUGGUUAAAUAUCUUCUAUCAGAGGGAUACAAUGCCAGUGAAGAUAAAUCAUUUAGACAACAUAUAUACAUCAAAAUGGAGGAACGACAUCCAGAAUUGUUGGACUAUGUAUAUAACAGGUGCAGUAAUCCAUGCUCCCUAAAGGAACAUUGUCGCAUUUAUAUUAGACGGUUAUUAAAUAAUAAUAUGAAUGAAGUUGUUUCUGGAUUAGUGUUACCAAAGACACUCAAAGAAUGGAUCCUGAUAGAUGUUAUUUAUUAAUUAGAUUUCUGUUUUAAAUAUCUUAUAGAGCAUUGGGCUUUCACUGAAAAUCAAUACAACAUGUAGGUUCGAAACUUACUCUAAUAUUUUGUUAUGUACAUCUUGUAUGGUAUGGGUGUGUAGUUAUCAUUUACAUAGUGCAGUAAUCAGUUAUGUUAUAUUUUAGGGAAAAAAAAGUAUUUUAGUGGAUACUUUUUUUUUAAAAGUCAUCUUCUAAUAUAUUUUCUAAAUUUUAAAUUUCUGUCAACAUGUUUACAUUUUUGUAUAUAUGUUUCUGCUGUAAGCUAAUGAGUCAUUAAGUGUUACCGCUGUCAAUUUUUGAUAAGUUUCCUCUCUUUGAAUUGGCCUAAACCAAAUAUAUUUUUACUUGCAAUUGAAAGAACUUUUAUCAUUGUCCAAAUUCAAUUAAUUUGGAAGAUACAUAUUACAUAUGAAUGAAUUUUAUACUAGUGUUUAUAAAUAUGUCACAAUAGUUACAGAAUAUUAAUAGUGUUAUGAAAAACAGUUACAUUCUAGGUUAUAAAAAAGAAGAUGUGGUAUGAUUGCCAAUGAGACAACUAUCCACAAAAGACCAAAAUGACUCAGACAUUAACAA